AAAGCCCGACGAAAGGAGAAGGAUGCGGGGACUACAGAGGAUCCGAAAUUGUACCUUGAAGAAGCAGCCCUUGAAAGGCAGCUACCAGAGCUGGACUUGAGGAUGUUGGUCGAUUUACCACCCGGUUUGGACUACAACGAAUGGCUGGCCUCUCACACCCUCGCACUAUUCGAUCACAUCAAUCUCAUUUACGGAACGAUAUCCGAGUUCUGCACGAUGACGGGCUGUCCCGAUAUGACCGGUCCUGGCUUAAGAACUUAUCUGUGGUUUGACGAGAAAGGGAAGAAAACGAGAGUGGCAGCGCCACAAUAUAUAGAUUAUGUUAUGACUUUUACACAACGCACCGUUAGUGACGAAACUAUAUUUCCUACGAAAUAUGCAAAUGAAUUUCCUAGCUCGUUUGAAUCGAUAGUGCGUAAGAUCCUGCGGCUACUGUACCAUGUGGUGGCACACAUUUACCACUGCCACUUCAGAGAGGUAGCACUUUUGGGGUUGCACGCUCACCUCAAUUGUGUGUUUGCCCACCUCACGCUCCUUAAUCAACGCUUCAACCUUAUUGAUCCCAAGGAAACGGAGAUCUUAGGAGACUUAGAGGCUGCCCUC